AUGCAAAGCUUGAACUCGUAUAAGAUCGAUGCAAGCUAUGAGAAAAUGUUUCAGAAAAUUCGAAUUAUUGAAACGAUUCAAGUCACGUUGCCGAUGGGAUCGAUUCCGGUUUCUCAGAAAAAAGCCAUGAAAUACUCGAAUUUCGUCGAUUUUCUCCCGAAUCCAAAAUAUUUACGUAAAUAUUCUCUAAACAUUAACAACUUCUCGAUUUUCGAGCGAAUUGCGGCUCGUCUGAAUUCGAAAACUGAAGACACUUUUCGGUUGAUUUUGGUAAAAAACACUCUGCGUGAUGAAGAGGAGCAAAUUUUGGAGAAAAAUCUAAACGAGAAAUUUCAAAGUUGUAAAUCGAUUCAGUUAAACAUUCCGAUUAGGCCAUAUUUGACUCAAUUGUCGAAUGAGAAUAUGGAAUUGUUGGUGGAAUAUUGCGAGAAAUGGGAUCAUUUCACGGCAUCCAUCGAACCACUGUUGAAAUUUGGGAUUUCCGACAGAAUUGGAGUGGCUUUUUGCCUGAAAGAGGGGCCGUCAAGGUGGAAUUCUGGGUUUGCAGCGGUGCAGAAUUUUUUGUCGGAAAAACAUGAAAUGAAUGCAUUUCACGAGCACUCGAUUGAGGCUAUGGAGUUGUUGCUGAAGUUCUUCGAGGGGACUGUGAAGAAUCGCCUUUUGCUGGGGAAAGCGGUGCGACGGUUGGAAUCAAAGGCUUGUUUCAGAAAAACCCUUCUCGGUCGCCGUGGUGAACUGUUUGUGAUGGCCUCCGUUCUUGACACCAAUCAACUUUUCGUACUUUUGAGAUGCAAUCGAGAGAAUAUUAUUGAUCAACCA